UCUUUGCAGCAGCAGUGGUGCCGGUAGUUUUACGUGUGGAUCUUGCGGCUGUCACUGGAUCAUCACUUUUGCAAAAUGCUGCUGCACAGGUUUUAACUGGAACAUGGAUGAGAGAACAUAUUACUCCUCACUGCACUGCCUGUUUGAAGGUGGCUUGGAGACAUUAGAAGCUGAGGACAGUUUUUGCCUGUCUCUCACACUUUUUGACUGUGGCUGUUUUGUCAUGGCAACCUCCUUGAUCAGUCGUCAGCUGGCUUUUUCUCUGCAGAAAAACUUGUGGCUCAGUGCUUCAGGUUGCAGAUAUGUGAGCAAAGCAGCAGCAAAGCCACAGGUGGAGUUUGACUACGAUGGACCCUCCAUGAAAACUACAGUCCCUGGUCCACGAUCAAAAGAGCUGAUGAAACAGCUGGGACAAAUACAGAAUACUGGUGCAAUCAACUUUUUCUGUAACUAUGAGGAGAGCAAAGGGAACUACCUUGUGGAUGUGGAUGGGAACCGCAUGCUGGAUAUCUACACUCAGAUUUCUUCCAUCCCAAUUGGCUAUAACCACCCUGCUCUCCUCAAAGUGAUGGCCAAUCCAAACAAUUUGAGUACAUUUGUGAAUCGGCCAGCCUUGGGAAUCCUGCCACCAGAGAACUUUCCAGACAAAAUCACUGAAAGUCUUCUCUCGGUGGCGCCUAGUGGAAUGACUCGUGUUCAGACAAUGUCCUGUGGUGCUUGCUCCAAUGAAAAUGCUUACAAAGCUAUUUUUAUCUGGUAUAGGAACAAAGAACGAGGCCAAAACACACCAACUAAUGAAGAACUGAACACCUCCAUGAUCAACCAGGCACCAGGUUGUCCACAACUCAGUAUUUUAUCUUUCAUGGGAGGCUUCCAUGGAAGAACAUUAGGUUGUUUGGCAACAACACACUCCAAAGCGAUCCACAAACUGGACAUUCCAUCAUUUGAUUGGCCUGUUGCCCCAUUCCCCAGACUACAGUACCCACUGGAUGAGUUUACCAGAGAGAACGCAGAAGAAGAGGCUCGUUGUUUGGAGGAGGUGGAAGAUUUGAUUGUGAAGUGGAGACAAAAGGGAAAACCUGUGGCGGGGAUUGUAAUUGAACCGAUUCAGGCCGAAGGCGGCGAUAACCACGCCUCGCCAGACUUCUUCCGAAGACUGCGCAAUAUUGCACGCAAGCAUGGCUGUGCUUUUCAUGUGGAUGAGGUCCAGACUGGUGGCGGAGGCACAGGAAAGUUUUGGGCCCAUGAGCACUGGGGUAUGGACGACCCUGCUGACGUUGUCUCUUUCAGCAAGAAGCUUCUGAGUGGGGGUUACUACCACAAGGAUGAAUUACAGCCAGACAAGCCCUACCGCAUCUUUAACACGUGGAUGGGUGACCCGUCAAAGAACUUGUUCCUUUCUGAGGUUCUCAAUGUGAUUCGGAGAGAAAAUCUUCUGGAGGAAGUGACCCGCUCUGGCAAAGCUUUGCUGAAUGGCCUCUACGAGCUACAGGCUCAGUACCCCAGCAUAUUGAGUCGAGCCCGAGGACAGGGGACCUUCUGUGCCAUUGAUGCCUUUGAUGAUGCCACACGUGAUAGGAUCCUGCUCAAGGCCAGAGACAAAGGCGUCCUCCUCGGGGGCUGUGGGGAUCGAUCAAUCAGAUUCCGCCCAGCACUGGUUUUCAAGGAGUAUCAUGUGAACCUCUUCCUCAAUAUUUUUAAUGAUGUGUUGGCACAGCACAAAUAGAUCCUUUCCAAAAUCUUUCCAAAACUACACAAUCCUGAGUUAAAUCAGAAUGGGGAAAAAGUAACUCUGGAUAGCCUAAGAAAAGAGAAGCACAAUCUAAAAAAAAUAAAAUUCAACUGGCCCUGAGCUACAGCUAAAAGAAGGCCAGUUGUAGUAAAUGCAAAUUUUGUAGAAUGUUCAUGUUUCUGAAAAAUAAAUCUGUUAAAAUAAGCCUAGAAUCUUUUUUAAUAUAGAUUCAUUUCUGUUCAUGUACAUGUAUUCAAGUCUGGUUGAAGUUACUUUUUCCUGGAAAACAACUACUUAAAGAAAACAGUAAAACAAUUUGUCUUUGUACAGAAAUGUUGGCCAGUCUGCACUGCAGAUGAUGAGACAUCACACAGCUGUAUUUUCCAAAAUCUUGCCAUUAUAACUUAAACUGUAGUAUGUCAUUUCACAUUCACAUAAAGUGUUGGUUUUUAGGUCAAAUUAAAGUACCCUCUAAAGCUAACGUUAGUUGUUUUUUGUGGCAAUGUUCUGCUUAAUUUUUGGAAUCGGGAAACAUGAAGUUUCCUUCACUCUUAAUCUGGCCUAAAUAACCUCUUCUUUUGAAUAUUACCAGGGAAAAUCUCCCUAAUAUGUAAAACACUAAACCUUUUUACAUUUAUAAAUUGAGAUAUAUGAGAUUCAUAAGUACGACUGCACAUGUGGUUGUUUUUCUGUAACAAUUACUAUAGCAAUAAACACAAUAAAUGUCUUAACUCCUAAAGAACUUUAGUUGUUGACUCAUAGUGUUGCAUAAAGGUGCUUUUAGUGCUCAAAUGCAAGCGUCACCUCACUGCAUACAUUCAUCCUGGCAGCACCUAUCCUGGAUACAGAGUACAGUGUCAGUGCUGACUCUCGUAUGAACACAAUCAUUCUAAACUGUCCGUUAAAACUGUCCAUAUUGUUAUGACUAUUGUGUUGCUCUUAAUAGUAAUAAACUUCAACUUGAAAUGAUGUAGCCAAGAAAAUGUGACUCUUAAAUAGACCAUGAAAAUGUCAUAGAUAAUUUAGUGCCUGCAUGUUAUUUUGGUGUAACAUUUUUUUUAUGCCCUCUGCUCAAAUGAGAGCCUUGGUAACACCAUUUACUUUACUCUUAAAGAAAAAGAGCUUCAUUGUGGCUGCCUGACAUUUUGUGGAAAUAUGGUUACUUUUCAUUUUCAAGGCUCACUUGUUUUUGAUUUCAUGUAAUACUUUUUAUUUGUGACAGUAUACGUAAAUAGUGCCAGUGUAUUAAGCAUAUGAAAUAGACUGUAGUCAUUAAAAGAACUGAUUUGAAAACCAUUAAAAUCAUAUAUUUAAUUAACUCUCCAGGAUGUACUUUGCUUUACUCGGUGUCACCUGGGACAAGCUAGAGCCUGAUGUCAUCCUAUUUGGGUUUUAUGUACAUUACACUUUGCAUAAAACCAUUUCUGAGUCUGACACAUGUCACGAAGUACAAACAAGGUAAUGUGCUCACUGUCAACCCGUACAAUAACCCGUACAAUCAUUAUGCUACUAUCUACACUGUUCACACAUAGAACAAAACAGACCCAAGUAAAAGUUUACUGUAGCUAGGUAAGCUUUUUUUUUUAAGGGGGAGUUGAACUUAACGCACAGGUCUAUUACAGAGGGUGGUCAAAAGCACACAUUAGUUUCUAUGUAAAGCUGAAAUAAAUGACCAAAUAACUUUAAAGCUGAAAUUCUUUUGACAUAUUUGGCAUUUUGAUUUUUUAAAGUCUGCUUCUGUAGAACGUCCUCAGUAGUAGUGAAUGUUCCAUGCAGCUUUUAGGCAAGUGUUAGGAAUGUGAUUCAUGUCUUUUCUAAUUAUGUCUUUAUUGUUUACCUAUUAGAGCGAAACACAAAUAAACAAUAUUUCUUCUCCUUUUUUACAUUUACGUUGCAUAAAUUUUACCCCUCUUAAUGUAGUGAAUUACAAAACAGUUCACAGGGUCAGUUCAUCAUCCUACACUUUAUACUGAACAUACAUGAAGGUUGGGUUGUAGGGUGGCAGAUGUCUCCUAAUGUGAUGGUGAUUUAGACAAUGGUGCCUGUCUUCUUGUUGUCAGUCAUUAUAUGGAGGAUCUGUAAUAAUCUUAAAAAAAAACAUUUACACUAAAUACUUGCACUUGUGAUUUAAUAUUGAUGGUCAUUGAUGUAAUCAUUAUAGAUUGUUGUCAAUAAAACAUUCUGUCCAUGUACUGUGAUUAAUAAAGUUUUGAGAAACUUGA